AUGGACGACAAUUGGGAGCCCCCGGUGCCGCCGGGCUAUAACGAUGUACACCGCGCAUUUCUUCAAGGUUUCAUGGCGCGGGGUGCUGUGACCUUUAAGGAAGCCCAGAAGAUGCUCGCCUCCAUCAGUUCCGCUGCCGACGAGAGCUACGUCGAUCCGCGGGCCAUCACAAUGGGCGACUUCGAAAACUUCGUGCGCACCGCCCGCGAGGCCGUCGAGCCGCUCGAUUUCGACAUCCGCAACACGCGGGACCAAAUCAACGGCGGCGAGCGCGUGUGGGUCUUUGUCAACGCCCACAGCGACCCGGCGACACAGAUGAGCACGACGCACAGCGCAGAAGAGGUGGCAUACAUUAAGAGGCUCCUGGAUGCGAUGUUCGAGCAGUACAACACCCCGCGGAUGGAGGUCAUGGCUGUGGAUGAGGGGCAGGCGCUGCGCGUGUCACGACCACCGCGGCGCAGGGAAAGCAAUGUCAACGAGAACGACGACAACGACGACAACGACGACAACGACGAUGAAGAGCAGCCGACUACCACGACGGCCACCGACCGCGGACUUAAGCACUCCGAAGUUCUUUCACUCUUGUCAAGCCUGAUCGCCGAGGGGUGGCUGCAAAAGUCGCGCCACGGCUUCUACAGCCUGACCCCGCGCUCCCUGACGGAAUUAUGGUCCUGGCUGGUGGCGACCUACAACGACCCUGACUCGGAGUCCGAGUGGCAGCACAUCAAGUUUUGCGAGGCGUGCAAGGAGAUUGUCACAUAUGGCCAGCGGUGCAAUGAGGUAGAUUGCACGGUGCGGUUACACGAUAUUUGCGAGGAGGCAUUCUGGCGGACGAGACCUGAGAGGAAGUGUCCCAAGUGCAGCACGCCGUGGCAGGGGAAUCAUUACGUGGGCGAACGGGCUAUCACGUCGAGAUCUGGAUUCCAGAGGGGACGGGGCAGAAGGGGAAGACGCAGCGAGACUGCAGACGGCGCGGAUGACGAGGAUCUUGUUCUGGGCCCGUCAACCUGCAACCACGUACCCCAUAUCGCCGCGCAACACACGAUGUCGCCGCUCUUCAAGAAACACAAGGAUACGGAGAAGGGAGUAGAAGAUAAGAAGCCGGACGAGAAGUCGCACUCGACAAAGCCGUCUGAGGAUGCAUUGCGCCAGGCCACACCAGACGGCGACAAACCCGUGCCGCUACUCAAUGACGAGGAUGAGAAAUUCCUCGAGCGUCUCGUAUCGGCCAGCGACGAUGGCAACGGUCAGGAAGAAGGACCACCGCCCCCUCUUCCGCCUCGUCCCAAGACUCCUGUCCUGACCUGGGACAGCGACAGCGAGUCAUCCCGCCUGCCCGAUAAGCAGGAGCCCAGCGCACCGACUGCGACAGCCACCAAGAAACCAAACCGCUUCUCCCGCCUCUUCCAGCGCAGCAAGCCCUCCUCCUCCAACUCUCUUACCGUUCCCGCCAACACCGUCCCACCGGAAGAAGCAGACCGGGAAUGGGCCGACCUGAACCGCUUCCUCUCCCGCCUCGACCUCCAACCCACACCGCCCUCCCCGGACACCACGUCCAAGAAGAAGGCCAAGGCCAAAGCCGCGGCCCUGACCGCCUCAACCGAAGCGCAGUCGCUCCUGCGCCAGUUCGUGCUCGUGCUCAAGGACAUCAGCAACGGCGCGCCGACCGCGGUCGACGACCUGGUCGCGCUGCUAGACGGGCGCAACGACGUGCUCAAGCGCGGCUUCGACAAGCUGCCCUCGUCCAUGCAGAAGCUGGUGACGCAGCUGCCCAAGAAGCUGACCGGCGCGCUCGGGCCGGAGAUCCUUGCUGCCGCGGCCGAGGCGCAGGGGCUGAAGGGUAAAAGGGAGACGGAUGGGGGCUUUGCCAAGUUCUUCUUGCCGCGCAAUCUUGGCGAUCUGGUCAUGACGCCGGCGCUGGUGCAGAGCAUGCUCAAGGCGAUCGUCAAUGCGCUGAAAGUGCGGUGGCCUGCGUUUGCAGGGACGAGUGUGCUGUGGAGUUCGGCAGUGUUUCUGUUGCUGUUUGUGCUGUGGUAUUGUCAUAAGCGGGGAAGAGAGGAACGGGAGAAGCUGGAGGAGGCGGGUAGGAUGGGCGGCGUAGAGGAAGUUGCUGAUGCGGAGGGGGUUGGGGAUAGGGCGGGGGAGGCUGGAUCGUCGGCUGUCGUGGUGGUCAAGUCGCCUGCGGAGAGCCCGCGGUCGUAA